AUGGCGAACAGAGCGAAGCAAGUUUACCAACACAUUGCAGGUUCAAGAAUCAAUAUGUCGUCUUCAUCAGAUCCAUGGGUUUCCGUCGCGCAGGCGCCACCAGAUAGCAUCUUCAAGCUCACCGCAGCAUACAAAGCGGACACGUUUCCGCAGAAAGUGAACCUUGGUGUGGGGGCGUACCGAGAUGACAAUGGCAAGCCAUGGGUGCUGCCCGUCGUGCAGAAGGCGAAUGAGAUAUUACUGAAAGACACGUCACUUGACCAUGAGUACCUGCCUAUUACCGGCCUGCCAGAGUUCACCUCCGCGGCAGCGAGGCUGAUGUUCAGCCCGAGUUCUGCGGCGUUAAAGGAAGAUCGCAUUGCAAGCGUUCAGACAAUCUCUGGCACUGGCGCAAAUCAUCUCGGCGCCAUCUUCCUCGCCAAGUUUUACCAGUGGAACGGACCGAAGCAGGUCUUCAUUAGCAAUCCCACCUGGGCAAACCACAAAGCUAUUCUGAAGAAUGUCGGAAUCGAGCCAGUCGAUUAUCCGUACUAUGAUCCGAAGACGAUUGACCUUGACAUUUCCGGACUCCUGAGCACUCUUUCCGGCACACCAGAUCGCUCCGUAUUCCUGCUGCAUGCAUGUGCACACAACCCGACCGGUGUAGACCCGACGAAUGAGCAGUGGGAAAAAAUCGCAGACGUAAUGCUCCAGAAGGGCCACUUUGCGUUCUUUGAUUGUGCAUACCAGGGCUUCGCGAGCGGGGAUCUUGACAGAGAUGCUAGUGCGGUGAGAUAUUUUGUGCAACGCGGGGUACCGAUGCUUGUCUGCCAGAGUUUCGCUAAGAACGCUGGGUUGUAUGGCGAGCGUGUUGGUGCACUGCACGUCGUUGGAGCUACGCAGGAGGCAGCAGUCAGAGUAAAAAGCCAGCUGUCUGUGCUCCAGCGCAGCGAGAUCAGCAACCCUCCAACAUAUGGUGCACGUAUUAUGAGGCUGAUUCUGAACGAUUCAGGGCUGUUUGAGGAGUGGAAGCGGGACAUUCAAACAAUGGCGAAUCGGAUCAUUAACAUGCGGAAGGAGCUGUUUAGGCUAUUGACGGAAGAGUUGAAGACACCGGGCAAGUGGGAUCACAUAGUGAACCAGAUCGGGAUGUUCAGCUUCACGGGACUGAACAGCACGCAGAGCAAGGCGUUGACAGAGAAGGCACAUGUGUACCUGACGGAGAACGGGCGGAUUUCGAUGGCGGGGCUGAAUAGCAAGAACAUUGGGUAUUUUGCGAGUAAUCUAGACAAGGCUGUCCGCGGAGAGCUGUAG